CGCGACUCUCGCUUGGCUGUUGGCUGAUGAUUUUUUCGCAUUUGAAAGUGAUUUUUCGUCCCGUCGAGAUCGAGUCCGCCGUCAUCCGUUCGUGUACAGGAGGAAUCGAAUCCAGAAGUGCUGUGCUGUACCAUCAGAGAGUGCGAUUCGGGUUGCUUUCGGAAGAAGCAGUCGUGCAAGAAAAGUGGGUCCGCUGUCUUCAGCACGGUUCUUGAGAAUUUGGGUGUAGUGCGGUUCGGGACUCGUCGGAGCGUGACGUGGCGGAAAACUACGCGGAAAGUGUCGUGUGGAGGAAAUUCCGGAAGUUAUUUUUUCUCUUCGGACUAUAAGUUGGAGCUGGCUGCUAGUGCUGCUUCUUUUGGAGUGCUUUCUUUUGUGGCUGCGGGGAAGGAAGAUUGUGUGAGUGUUUGCUGCUACGAAGGUUCGGUAGUGGAUCAAGAUUGUAUGCGUGAGGGGCGCUCCGCAGAGUGGGACGAAGAAUUUAUUAGCCAACCACCAGUGGCUUCAGGGUUAACGUCGCGGCUAUUGUGCGGUGUGAUAAGUCACAAAUUGCUGCCUCAAAAUCGAUCGAUUGCAACGUAUGAAGCAGAGGAAGUCCAAAUCGAUCACGAAGAAGAGUUUAUUGAAUACCUAUUUACACAGAGUGCGGUUCCUGAUUGUCAAUCCGGUUGAUUGAAUUUGUCGUUUUCGUGCAUGUGCGUGGGGGGAGAGUGUUGAUUGCGGUUUAGUGGCAACGGAAGAUUUAAGUGACAAAAUUGCGAACGAAGAUAGUCGGUUUAUAGGUUGACAAAGGCGUAGGAGAACGGAACACAUCUAGGGAGCACAUCGAGAAUAUCGAGCAUCGCAACGAAAGAUGAAUGCCUCCGAUCAUGGGUUCAAUCCAGCUUUCAACAUGGCCACCAUAAGACAGGCGAUCAACGACACAAUCGAACGAGACUUUGGUGCUCUUCUCAAAACAGUGCGCAUCCCGACGCCGACCCGCCUGCGUGACCUCAUCCGACAGAUCCGUGCCGCCCGGACCGCAGCAGAGGAACGCGCGGUCGUGAAUCGCGAAUGCGCGUACAUCCGUGGCACAUUUCGGGAGGAGGAUUCCGUGUGGCGAUGUCGGAACAUCGCCAAACUGCUGUACAUACACAUGCUCGGCUAUCCGGCGCACUUCGGACAGCUCGAGUGCCUCAAGCUAACCGCCAGCCCCCGCUUCACAGACAAACGGAUCGGCUAUCUGGGGGCGAUGCUGCUGCUGGACGAACGACAAGAUGUUCACCUGCUGAUCACCAACUGCUUAAAAAAUGACCUCAACAGUACGACCCAGUUCGUGGUGGGACUGGCGUUGUGUACGCUGGGAGCCAUUGCAUCGCCCGAGAUGGCUCGGGAUUUGGCCGGCGAGGUGGAAAAGCUGAUGCGCUCGCCCAAUGUGUACAUAAAGAAAAAAGCGGCCCUAUGCGCGUUUCGGAUCAUCAAAAGGGUUCCGGAGCUGAUGGAAAUCUUCCUUCCCGUGACCCGAUCGCUGCUGAACGAGAAGAACCACGGUAUCCUAAUCACCGGCGUCACCCUCAUCACGGAAAUGUGCGAGAAGAGCCAGGACACGCUGAACCACUUCAAAAAGAUUGUUCCCAAUCUGGUGCGGAUCCUGAAAAAUCUCAUCCUAGCUGGUUACUCGCCCGAGCAUGACGUAAGUGGCGUCAGCGAUCCAUUCCUGCAGGUGAAAAUCCUCCGAUUACUGCGAAUACUGGGCCACAACGAUCCGGACGCUUCGGAAGCGAUGAACGAUAUCCUCGCGCAGGUCGCCACCAACACCGAAACGAGCAAAAACGUGGGCAACACGAUCUUGUACGAGACGGUGCUGUCCAUUAUGGAUAUCAAAUCCGAAGGCGGUCUCCGAGUGCUGGCAGUCAACAUUCUCGGUCGAUUCCUGCUAAACAGCGACAAAAACAUUCGCUAUGUUGCGCUGAACACCCUUCUCCGAACGGUCCAGGCCGACAUCAGUGCCGUCCAGCGACACCGUAGCACCAUUCUAGAAUGCCUCAAAGAUCCGGACGUUUCGAUACGACGCCGAGCGAUGGAGCUCUCGUUCGCCCUGAUCAAUUCGCAGAACAUCCGGGCAAUGUCCAAGGAGCUGUUGAUCUUCCUAGAGAAAGCGGACGCUGACUUCAAGGCGCAGUGCAGCAGUCGGAUGGUGCACGUGGCCGAGCGGUACGCUACGUCCAUUCGAUGGCGAUUGGAUACUUUGCUGAGUGUACUUAUUGCGGCUGGUAACUACGUGCGAGACGAUGUUGUGUCUUCCACAAUUCAACUUAUUCUUAAUAGUCCACCGGAGGAACAGGCCUAUAUUGGAUUGAGGUUAUGGGAUUCGCUUCAUAACAUUACCAAUUCCUUCGAGGACAAGCAACCAUUGUUGCAGGUGGCCGUUUGGACGAUCGGAGAGUAUGGCGAUUUAGUAUUGAGUGGCGAACGAAUCGAAGAUGUUGCAAUUCCUGCAGAGGGUGAAUUAGUGGAGCUCUACCAAAAGUUACUGUGGUCUACUUCGGUAUCGACAGCCAGCAAACAAUACACAUUGGUGUCGUUGGCCAAACUUAGCACUAGGAUUCAUUCGAAAGAAGAGGAAGCUCGGGCGAAGCAGAUCAUAGAAGCCUUCGGUACGCACCUCCACAUCGACCUACAGCAGCGUGGUGUGGAAUUUUCACAGCUCUUCCGUGACUACAGUCAUUUACGUCCGGCUUUGCUGGAGAAAAUGCCCAAAAUUCAGAAAUCGCUGCCAAAUGGAAACGACAGCAGUGGUAUCUUUGAGGAACACUCGAAUAGUAUUGAUUUGAUUGAAGGCGAUGACCUGGAAAGCAGUGGGUUGAUGUCGCUUUCUGGGGUAGGUGGUGGCGGCGGAGGAAGCUUAAAAGUGGGGUCCGAUUCGAACGCACUUCUGGAUCUGCUGGGAGGAGGAAGUGACGACCCGGUGGAUGGUCUAGGCCUUGUGCCAUCGACAAAUUCGAUUAUUCCUACGGCUGCAACCAACGGAAAAACUCCAACGCCCAGCAGUUCCAACAAUCAAGAUUUACUCGAUUUGCUCGGAGGGCUGGACAUGCCAGCCAGCACCCCACCGGCAGCGAUUCCACCGUUGAGCGGCGAUAUCGGACUGGAUCUGAACAGCUUGAAUGACAAUAGUAUAAAGGCGGUCACUACGAGCAUCGCUAAUCCGCUGUCCACGGGGGUUACGGGUUCCAGUUCGUUUGGCGGAUUGGAAAAUCUGUUGAAUUCGAACUUGACAUCGCCAACGACGACAUUACCAACGGGAUUGGCCUCAACGGCUUCCCUCAUUAAUAGUAGCAGUAGUACCGCAAAUAGCCUUUUUAGCGACUUCUCGUCGAUUAACAAUAAUGAGGACUCGAAAACUCUGACAGCCUUAGAUAAGAACGGUCUACUUGUACAGUUAGUGGCUAAGAAUAGUGGCGGUUGCCUGCAGAUCAUCAUGACAGCUGUAAAUAACUCGUUAACCACAUUAGAACAAUAUCUUUUCCAGGCUGCCGUUCCCCGAAGUUUUACGUUGCAGAUGCUAUCGCCCUCUGGUUCUUCUCUUGUACCCGGCGGAACCAUUACCCAAGAGAUGCGUGUAUCCAGCACUGCAAAGGCCACUCUCCGAAUGCGACUGCGGAUAUCGUACCAGUGCGAUGGUAACCCAAUCCUGGAACAGACCGAAGUGUCCGGAUUCCCCGAGGAUCCCACGUCGCUUGAAUGAGGUCCAAACUGGAAUGUAAACAUCACGGUCCAAUUCUAGUUUGUCUAUGGUCUAUGGUGUUUCUUUCAAUUCUUUUUUGAGGACUUGAGAGUCAAAUGUUGUGUUCGGUUGCUUUUUCUCCGUUGAAUAAGUAAGUAUGCGUGUGUUAUAUGAGCAGAUUCUUUGGUUUUAAUGCAUUAGGGACAAAUUUUAGACAAAAAAGCAACCGAUUGUGAGUCCUUCUUCUGACCUCUACUUUAAUUAGCCAUGUAAAAAAUUGAGAUCAUUAUUUUUUUUUGCCAGUUGUGGCAACUUAAAACAAGAAACUAGUUAACUAACACUCGUAAACUGCUAUUAAUUAUAUUCAAAUAAAAAAAAUAAAUAAAAAAUAAAAUAAAACAAAAGCACUACUAGUGAGAUAGAUAAUAUAAUAAUAAAAGCAGUGUUAGCAUAGUAUGAGUCGCGACUAUGGAUGAUAGUGGAUUUUUAGUUAGUUUGAUAAGCGAGUGUUGAGUGCGUGAAGCUGUAAAUAUUCCUACACUAGAAAUUGAAAAAGAGAAGCGAUAUUACUAUUAGUACACCCUAGGAAUCGGAUCGUGCAAACAAGUAACCCCAUGUUUUUGAAACAGCUAGGUAGUGACUCGAGAUAAGACAAAAGUUGGCUAAAGCAUAGAUCGUUCAGUGAGAAAUGACUCUCUAUCUCGCUUGAAAUGGCUUUUAAAUAAUAAACAUAUUUAAUUUUUGGCCUUUCCAAACUUAUGAAUUUCUCGAUAUGUUUGCCUUCGUGGAGUAAUUUCUCUCGUUUUGUCAGGCAAUUAAAAUUACUAGAAGCAAGUGUACUGUUUUCCGUCCAAAUACACUCUAUUCGAUGCAUGACGAGUGUGCGUGUGAAUAAAUGUCAACGAGAAGGCGUUAGUUUUGAAAGCUUUCCCACCAAUUGUCUCCGACUUGCAUGAAAAUAAAUAUAUCCAACAUAUGACAAUGCUUCAAAGUGUAGAAAUUACGCUACCUAAACUAAAAAUUUUAAUCUAGGUUCAAGUUCAAGCCAUCAUCACCCUCUCUUGCUCAGAAAAAAAACAGACAAUAUCUACUUGUUUGAACCUACCCUUAAUGGUAUUUUUGAUGCGUUUGGCUUAAUUCGUUGCAAAGUUUUUCAAACACGUAAUACAAACAACAGUAUUUUUGUACCAUGAAAGAAAUUAGGGAAGUGAUGUUAAAGUUACAAAAAAAUGAAAGCAAAUCGGUUGAACAUGUUAUACAAAUGAAAACUAAUAGAACAACAUUAAAAUAAUAAAAUGGACAAUGAAUGAAGAGUAGGUGAGUAAAAGUAACUCAUCUGAAGUCAACAUUAAAUAGGGAGUGCUGAACCACUACCAUCAGAACCUAGUGGUUAACACUUUAGAAUGAGUGAAUAUGACUAGGAGAAUAUACGAAGGAGACAUUGUAAAAGCUAUAAAUAUAUGUAUAAUACACAGACACCCGAUUGUAAUAUGAA